CAGCCACUCUCACAAAAUCAUGGCUGACAAAAACAGCCGGAUCAGUGUUAAGAGGAAAGAGAAGAAGGUGGAAAGCAAAACAAAUGAUGAGGCGGAAAAGGGGAAAGAGAAAAUGGUGAAAAAGCCUGACAAAAAUGUGAAGAAACCAGAGAAGACCCCCGAGCAGCCCGAGAAGGAUGAAGAGAAGAAGAAUGAGGAAAGUGAAGGGGCAACAGCAGCAGCAGCAGAAGAAGUGAACAAGGAUGAAAAUGGAGAGUUUCAGCCCAUAGAGCUGCCACCCUUUGAGAUCAUCACAGGGGAACAGAUGACUCCAUUCUACUUCAAGUUUCAGUUCAGGAAUGUGGAGUACUCCUCAGGGAGGAACAAAACCCUGCUGUGCUUCAGAGUGGAUACAGCAGGAGGCAGCACAGAGCCUCUGACAGGUUACAUAGAAGAUGAGCAUGCCACAGCUCAUGCUGAAGAGGCCUUCUUUCAAAAGAUUCUUCCUAACUAUUCCCAAGAUUGUGAUGUCACCUGGUAUGUAUCAAGCAGUCCCUGUGCGUCUUGUGCAGCCAAGCUGACCAACAUCCUCCACGAGCGCAAAAAGCUUAGUCUCUGCAUAUUCUGCUCUCGUCUCCUUGAGUGGGAGGAGCCGGAGAUAGCAGAAGGGCUCCGCACUCUGGCGAGUGCUGGCUGCAAACUGCGGAUGAUGAAGCCAUCUGACUUCGUGCAUGUUUGGGAGACAUAUGUGGAAAAGGAAGACCAGAGCUUUACACCCUGGGAGGAUUGUCAAGAGAACUAUGAUUACUAUGUGGAGAAACUGGCUGAUAUCCUCAAGUAGAUGUGAGUCGCUGCACAAGAUGCCCCCCCACUGACUGAACCACACAUUGGCCUACUUGUGAAAUUUCCACUGGUUGAAUGUGUUUUUGCAGCCACAUCUGAUGGUGCAUUUCAGUAUUAGUUGGAAUGAACACCCAUGGUAACAUAUAUUUUUUAUUUUGAUAAUUUCAUAGGAAGACAAAAAU